AUGGUCGGGUUAGAGUCUCUCGACGAUCUUGACCUCGCAAGACUGGACCUGCUCAAGGUCUUGCUUCCUCUCCUCACGCCUGCUGACCCCACCAGCCAGAUCGACGCGCAGGGGAUGGAACAAGGCGUUCUGCUCGGGGCCAGGCAUACCAUCAGGAAGCACUUGCCCGUCAUCUACAUGGAGUACGAGAGCAGCUCGCCCAAGUUGUUCAAGCUAAUCAAAUCGCUCGGAGGAUACAAGUGCUACUCUCACGCGCCCCGGUUGUACAAGGACAGCAACUUCAGAGGAGAAAAGAUCAACAUCUUCGGUCAGAUCCGAAGCUUCAAUGUCUACUGCGUUGCAAAGUCAUCGAUGAAAGUUCCUGGUGAAUUGUCAAGUUUUUGA